GAGAAUGACAUUUCCCUUUAAAUUAAGCUCUCCGUGUGGUCCCGCAUGGUGACAUUCCUUUGUUCAUAUAUUCUGUACACAAAGUUCAGUGCGGGAGUAUGAACUAGGUGAACUAUCCAAAACUUUGUAUUAUGUAAACUAUAGUGUUUUAAGUGACUGUGUUGUUAAGUUAUGUGUUUAUUAUCCUUAUGAACAGUUUUUUGAGUGAAAGUUACUGUUACUCUCUAACAACAUUUCCUUCAACACUAACAGGACUUGGAAUUUGACCCGUGGGAGCCAGAUGAUAUUUAUCCUUUAUAAUAAUGGCUGAAAGGAAGAAGAUAGUUGUUAAAUCCACCAAGAAAAGUGCUAUAUCUAAGGUGGAAAUCAUCACUGUUGAAAGCAAUGAUGUAGCUUCUCUCACUGCACGACACCCAGUGGGUGUUGUGGUAGCUGAGAGGAGAAUUCCAUCACACAAACCAACUACAGAUCAAGAGCCAAAGCCAGUGUUUUUACCGGGAUGCCCUCUGCCUCAAGUCUUACCCCCAGAAUAUAAAACUGGUAAUGAAAUUAGUCAUACAAAGGGAAAACCAAGCACAAAAGAGUCUAAACCAAAAUUUUACAGGUCAAAAAACUAUGCAUCAGACCAUAAAUUGAGAAAGGCUGCCAAAACUGUGACCUUUAGUAUUGAUAAUGAUGUUGAAAUGGGCAGAAAAUAUAAUCCCAGGGACUAUAUGGAUUCAACUCGGGAUUCCACGUCUUUAAGACAGUUACACACUUUAAUGCCAAGUGCAGAGGAAAAAAAAUAUUACAAUGAAACCCUUCUCACUGGUCCUCCACAUUAUGUCCUUGUGUCUAAGGGAUUGAAAAAUGAAAUUGAUCCUGACUCUACUGAUAAUAGUAAUAGUAUUUCAUGGGACAGCAAUACUGCAGUGCACAACUUUUCAGAAAACUCACAUUUGCUGUCAGGUUCAGAAGAAUUAAGUUCAAGUGAUGGAAAAGAUCAAAUCAGUGUAGAUACAAAUUCUGUUGCUGUUCGUGGUAUAAAAGAUUUUAUUGAGUCAAGUGUUAGUGUAGAAACUAGUGAAAUAAGUACCUCAGACACUGUAAAUGAUAAUGGUGAGCUAGGUAUUUUUUCUGAAGCUAUCUUUGAUAAGAAAAGUCAAGAAACUUCAACAUCUGACAGCUUAAAAGAUGCUCCACUUUCACCAGAGAUUCCUCAAGUGAUUUCAGUGAAGCAUGGAAGCUUACACGUCCGUCAGAGACCUCACUUUACUGGAGAAACCAAGCACAUGCAAAAUAAAGAUAUUAAUUUGCAAAGGAAUGCUAGUGGAGGGCGCAAGGGUGAAAUCCAGAGUGUAGUCAGUGUCAGUAAAAGGAAAACAGAGAAGCAGAGAGCAACAGACAGCAGGAAUCCCUUGCCAGUGAGGUCAAGGCCCAUCAACCACCUUGGAGCUUUGGACAAAUAUUCCUCUGCUUCAAAUAAAAGGCAUAGAUUGGGUGUAUGCUGAAUACCCAGCAGCUACCGGGGGACCAGUAGCGGCAUACCAGCUGGCUGUCAUUACAGGAUGUCUUUAAUUCAGCCCGAUUAAAGCCAAGGAAUUGCGCGCCCUGGGAACUAACAUCCUUGAGAUGAACUCUCUGGCAUGCGUCGGACUGCAACCGACCUAACCGCGCUCUUCAUUUGUUGGUGUGUCACCAGUGUGACACCCUGGUGUACCCCUCGCAGUUUUAUGGGCCAAAGUAUUAUUGUUGUACCUGAUUUGGAAUAACUAGCAGAAAUAUAGUUGUCCCAUGUUGAGUAGUGAACCAUAAAUAUUGAUAUUACCAGUAAUGACGUUUGUUAUGUGGGUUGUGAGUACAUCAUUCAUAUGUACUACCAACUGAGUCCUACCCAUUAUUGUUGUACAUGGUUUGGGAUAACUAGCAGAAAUAUAGCUAUCCCAUGUUGAGUAGUGAACCCAUAAAUAUUGAUAUUACCAGUAAUAACUUAUGUUAUGUGGGUUGUGAGUACAUCAUUCAUAUGUACUACCAACUGAGUUCUAGUAAAAGUGCCAUGUUGUUCGUUCCGAAAUAACAUGAUGUUAUAAAUAAUAUGUUAAUUUGGGAUAUUGUCAAGUGUGUCAAAUAACCAUCUGUAUUGACAAUGAAAUAAUAUACAGAGUAAUGAUUGUUUAAUGUUGUAACCAAUUAUUGAAGAUUUAUUUUGCUACUUUUUUUUUUAAAUGGGAUUAGCCCACCCGGGCACAUGUCACUGACCUACAUCGGGGCCU